CUAUGGAUCACUUAUUUAAAAUUAAAUAUGCAGUCAAAAAGUAUUUAGCAUGGCAAUAAUCCCAUUAUGAUUAUGGAAAGUAAUGGACUAAGGGUCCAGAGGCGUGCACCAGUCCGGAAAAGGAGUUUAUCUUCAGGACAUAGUCUUCUCACUCCAGAUAAAAAGAGGCCCAGUAGUAGUAGAGAGGAGAUAACAAGAUCUCAUUCUCUCACUGUGGGUUAUUGCCACAAAGAAGAAACUAACAUGUAUUCGACCAAUCAGGACUGUGAUAGUGACGAUGACAUGUUUGGGGAAUAUGACAGCUUUGCUGAAGAUCCAUCUUUGCUAGCAGCAGUGGAAGACAUGGAGGAAAAAUGUAAGCAGGAGACUGCAAGUACCUUCCCUUGCACUUCUGCAGAAAUUGGACUGGACACAACUAAUUAUACUUUAGCACUGAAUACAAGUUCUAAAUUGUCAGGGAAACAACCACAUCCGCAGCAGAUAAAGCAAAUGACGUUGCCUCCAAAACUGAAAGAUGAAUCGGAAGAACUUACAGAUGAUUUUCCAUAUGAUCUUCCUUGCUCGCAGCUUCUUCAGUAUGAGAAUGAAAAUCAAUGUGUAGAUGCAGAAAGGACUACAAUGAAACAAUCCAUAUAUGACAGUGACUUGUAUGUUGAUGCUUUAGCUCACCUCAACAAAGGUGAUGUUGAUGCAGGCCCAGAAAAAACAUCAAUCUUGCCUCAAAAGGAUGUGAAAAGGAAGAGUUUAAGGGACAGUCUUAAAAAUACAUUGGCUGGGAAUGCUAAAGUGCAAAGUCCGCAAGUUUUGAGGACUAGGCAAAUAAAAGAAACUAUUCUUUUAGAAGAACUUGAUGUUGCCAAAAAGACAGUAGAAAUGUCUUCCAGCAUAGACUUGGGACCUUUCUAUGGCUUACCCAGUAAAGUUAGUGACCUCAUUGAGAAGCUCAGAGGAAUUAAAAAGCUUUAUGACUGGCAGCAUACCUGUCUAACUCUGGAGUCCCUAAGGCAGAGGAAGAACCUAAUUUAUUCAUUACCAACAAGUGGUGGCAAAACACUUGUUGCAGAGAUUGUAAUGCUUCAGGAGCUUUUGUGUAGAAAGAAGGACGUUGUUAUGAUCUUACCAUAUGUGGCCAUUGUCCAGGAAAAGGUACGUGGCUUAUCUGGCUUUGGAGUGCAGUUGGAAUUUUUGAUAGAGGAGUAUGCGGGGAGCAAAGGAAGAUUUCCUCCAAUCAAACGAAGAGCAAAAAAUUCUCUGUACAUUGCAACCAUAGAAAAAGGUCACAGUCUUGUGAAUUCGUUGAUUGAAACUGGGCGAAUCAGUGAUUUGGGCCUGGUUGUUGUUGAUGAGUUGCAUAUGCUGAAUGAGGGGAGCAGAGGUGCAAUUUUAGAAAUUACUCUGGCUAAAAUUCUCUACACCAGUGAAAACACCCAAAUUAUUGGAAUGAGCGCAACCUUAAACAAUGUCGAUGAACUGAAACAGUUCCUAAAGGCGGAAUAUUACACAGACACCUUCAGACCUGUGGAACUAAAGGAAUAUGUUAAACUGAAAGAUUGUAUUUAUGCGGUUGACAAUAAGGCUGAAAAUAACCUGACAUUAUCACGUCCUCUUAACUACAAGUAUUCAAGUAAUAUGCUAAGACUAGAUCCCGAUCACAUCAUCGCACUGGUGACCGAAGUCAUUCCUAAUCAUUCCUGUUUGGUCUUCUGCCCUACCAAAAAGAAUUGUGAAAAUGUUGCAGAGAUGAUCUGUAAAUACCUCAACAAAGCGUACUUGGGUCACAGAGAAGCUGAGAAGAAGUUCCUUAUUGAGAACCUAAAGAACACAGGCAAUGGCACAUUGUGCUCUGUGCUAAAAAGAACAGUUCCCUUUGGCAUCGCUUACCAUCACAGUGGACUGACCAGUGAUGAGAGGAAGUUGGUGGAGGAGGCCUAUUCGGAUGGAGUCCUCUGUCUUCUUACAUGCACUUCCACUCUGGCAGCGGGAGUCAAUCUGCCAGCUAGAAGGGUUAUCUUACGGGCACCAUAUGUUGCCAGAGAUUUCCUGAAGAGAGCACAGUAUAAACAGAUGAUUGGCAGGGCUGGCCGAGCUGGAAUUGACAGUGCCGGGGAGAGCAUCCUUGUUAUACAGGACAAAGAUAAACAAAUGGUUCAGGAAUUGGUUACCAAGCCACCAGAGAACUGUUAUAGUAACCUCAUGCAUGAUGAUGGAAAAGGAUUUCAGAGCUUGCUGCUUUCACUAAUUGGACUAAAGAUUGCAAGAACAGCUGAGGAGAUCUACAAGUUUGCGUGUUACACUUUAUUCAGUUUACAGCAAAAACAUUUAUGUAAAGAUAAAUCACUGUCGGACAUAACAAAGGAAUCGCUAGAAACAUUAGCAAGCAAAGGCCUUAUAUGCAGCAAAAGCUGUCCUGGGUCAGAUCAGCUUGUGAUGGAGGUUACAAGACUUGGCCAAGCAACAUAUAAAGGUUCCAUUGAUUUAUCUUACAGUGACGUGCUAUACAGCGAUCUUAGAAAAGGACUAGAAGGCCUAGUACUUCAGAGCCACCUACAUCUUCUCUACUUGGUGACACCGUAUGACAUGGUAGCACAGUGCAACCCAGACUGGAUGAUUUACUUUAGACAGUUUAAUCUGCUUGAUCCAGUGGAUCAGAAAGUGGCUGGAAAUGUAGGGGUGCCAGAAAGUUUUCUUGCACGUAAGGUUUCAGGCCAAAGUGUAAAAAAGAGUGCAGACAACAGAGCGGUGAAUCGUCUUUACCUGUCAUUCAUACUGUAUGCCUUGAUGAAAGAUUUGGACAUAUGGUGCGUGUCAGGAAAAUUUGACAUGCCUCGAGGGUUUAUUCAGAAUCUGCUGAAUUCAUCUGCUUCUUUCUCCUCUUGUGUUCUACAUUUCUGUGAGGAGUUGGAUGAAUUCUGGGCAUAUAAAGCCCUUCUUCAGGAUGUCACCAAAAAAUUGAGUUACUGUGUCAGAGCAGAGCUGAUACCACUAAUGGAGGUGCCCGGUGUUUUGGAGGCCCGGGCCAAACAGCUAUACAAUGCGGGUUACACCACCCUUGCACAUCUGGCUAAUGCUGAUCCACGACUGAUGGUUAAGACCAUCGAACAUUUGUCAAAACGUCAGGCAAACCAGAUUAUUAGCUCAGCCAAGAUGUUGCUGAAUGAAAAAGCUGAAACUCUCCAAGAGGAAGUGGAAGAACUUCUUCGACUCCCUGCAGAUCUCCCAUCGCUUAUUACAGAAACUGAAAAUGUUCAGACAAAUGAAUAAUUUUUUUGC